AUGAACCAUUUGCAGACAUUACUGUUAGAUACCCUUCUGGGAACGAAGCAUGUGGACGGCGCAGCCCUGAUCACACUCCAUGAGCGCAGCCUAUGUGUCGCAUCACCAGGAUUUAAUAUAAUGCCCAAUGAUAUCCAAACACUUGUGAAUGGAUUUGCCAAAAACCCUUUACAGACUAGAAGAGAAGGAUUAUAUUUCAAGGAAAAACAUUACAAAUGUGUCCGGGCAGAUGACUAUUCUUUGUAUGCGAAGAAUGAAAGCACUGGUGUGAUAGUUGUGAAGACUCAUCUGUAUCUUCUUGUGGCAACUUACACUGAAGGCAUGUAUCCUAGCGUCUGUGUGGAAGCCACGGAGAAGCUUGGACAAUACCUAAGAAAAAAGGGAAGCUAA